AUGUGCAAAGAAGCUGCCGGCACUGACGACUUCUCUGAGUGGGUUGAUCCGUUUGCCUCAGCCUCAGCUUUUAUAUCCACGAGGUCCAUAGCCACGCCCAUAGGCGGAGGUGUGCUGGGAGAGAGGAAAUCCGCUUUACCGUACAGCAGAUGGAAUCAAACAGUAUUAACCGUACCAAUGACGAAUGAAGAGGCUUUCGGUAGACAUAACAACAACAAUUUUCCUGUCAUUCUUUUGGAGGUUCGAUUCGCUAAAGAGUGCCAACAGGGAAAUACCGCUGAUUUGGAGCCAGGAUAUCGCCACAUUGAAAGUGUGCUGUUUGAAGAGUUGAUGAGACUGCAUCCCAACGUUGACGCGUUACUGCCGUCGCCGUGUGGUCGUGGAAGAGGAAAUUUGACGCCGUUGGAUAGUACGGCUCUGUCUUAG